CCCCACCUGAGCCGGUUGGGCCGGUUUGAGGCGGAGAGGCGGCCGGGAGAGCGCUGGAAUCGCGCAGGGUCCCGCGGAGCUGCCCCCAUGGCCCCCGGCCUGUGCCCGAGCUGAAAGCAGAAAGGACAGGAACUUUGUCCCUUCUGAACACCACAAGUGCAGGCAGCAGUGCUACCAGCUCCCAGCUGUGUUCCUGGCAGUGUGGAACUGGACUCUCUCAUGGCUGCUGCAGACCCUGUCCUGCCCCCUGAGGAGGUGGCUCUGCUGGAGCUGGGGAAGGUGGCCCUGGACAAGGUGCCACCAGCCCCAGAUGAACACCUUGGAGACCCUGAUGCCACCCUGCCAUGGGACCAGAGUCAGCACAACGCCCGCGGCCAGCCGGAGCUCGUGGAGACAAAGAAGCGCUCGAGUCCUGAGGGGGGCCAUGAAGACCUGGAGGAAGCUGUUCCCACCUGCCCCACAGCUGAGGCCGAAGAUGAGGAAGUCCCCCAGCUGCCUGUGAUGGCAGCCCACGUCUUCGUGCCCAUCGACCCGCAGUGCAUCGAGCAGAGCCCCUUCAAGCAGAAGCAGCCCCCGACCCCGUGGGCCCGGGAGGAGGGCAGGGGGGACGUUGCCCCCAGUGUCCCCCCCAGUGACAGACCCAGCAGCCUCCACCACAAGCAGGUCUUCCUCCCCCUCGGCCCCUCGCGCUACCGGAACCCACUGGGCUUUGAGGGGCGCGUGGCCAAGCCCCCGGCUGAGGGGGCACAGUGCCCGUGCGCCGGGGACUGCGGCGCCGAUAACCUCAAGGCCGUGGCAUCGGUGGCAGGGGCCCUGCUCCUCUGCCCUUGCCUCAUCUACGGAGCCUACAUCUUCCUGCCCUUCGACGCCCCGCUGCUGCCCACCGUCAGCGCCCGCCUGGUCUACACGCUGCGCUGCGCCACCUUCGCCACCUUCCCCAUCGUGCUGGGAAUGAUCGUCAGCGGCAUCUCCCGCCUCUGCUCCUCUGCCCUGGAGCCCUUUGGCGAGCUCCACCGGGAGGUGGAGAUCCACCGCACUUACGUCUCCCAGUCCGUGCACCUCUUCAUCCUCUACUUCUUCAACAUGGCCGUGCUGGCCACCUACCUCCCGCAGGAGCUCCUCAAGCUCAUCCCACUGCUCACAGGGCUCUUCGCCAUCUCCCGGUUGAUCUUCUGGAUGUCCUAUGCCAUCGGCCGCUCCUUCCGUGCCUUUGGCUUCAGCAUGACCUUCCUGCCGCUCCUGGCCAUGCUGCUCUGGAACCUGUAUGGCAUGUUCGUCCUGGAGCCCGAGAACCUCCUCUCCGUGGCAGCGCCGACGCCCGAGGGCCGCUCCAAGGAGAGCCGAGGGAAACUGAGACACUGGGGCUGAGGGAGGUGCCUGGACCCCACGGGUGUGAGCCCUCCUUCGUGCCCUGCCCCAAGAGUCCUUGCACAGGACUCCUGCACCCCUUGCACCCAGCACAGGGGUGCUGGCAGGUCCAGCUGGGCCCCUGCUCCCUGCCAGGACACCGGGAGGUUUUGCUGGGCCCACAGAAGCAGGUUGCAAACGCUGCGCACACCGGGAGACUCCUGCUGGAAGGUGAACGAGGUCCACGGCAGGAUGCAGCGAGCCCUCUUCCCUGGGAAUGGGUGGGAUUUGCUUCCCCUCCUGCUGGAGCCAGCUUUGCCCAAUAAAGCCCUUGCCAAGAAGCUCUGUGUCUGGUUUGCAGAGGGUGAGUUAAAUUCCCCACAGAAUGACUCAGAGCUUUGCCUACAGAAUUAUGCCUACAGCCUCAAAAUUAUGUUUCCAAGAGGGAAAAAAAAAUGUUUCCCACCAGACUGUCCCUCUCCCAGCCCUGCCUCCCACUCCUGGGUCCAGUCUCACCCCGUUUGUCCCUCCUCUUCCUCCUGGUGGAGGUUCAGCACCCAGUUCACAAAGCAGUUGGACAGGAGGGAGGAAGCCCUCCCCGGGGAAGGCUGCAGGGAGGAGCUGGGAUGGGUGACACGGCACCAGGAUUGCCACUGCCGAGGGCUAGGGAUGGCCAGUCCUCCCCAGGAUGGGUGCUGAGCCCCUUGAUGGACCCCUGGGAGUGGCGUGUCAGACGGCCUCGAUUCUCAGUCGUGACCCAAAGCUGUUAAAAAGCCACUCCAGCUCCAGAUCUGCCAGGUGUCUGGCUUGUCCCACCUCCCAUC